AUGUUUUUGUUAAUUGGAAUUUCUGCAUUGUUCUGUGCACAAGUGCACGUCGCUCUUGGCAGCCAAAGCAACUACAACAACUUUAACAAGCAACAAUAUCAAAACAUCCAAUCUCAAGCUUUCGGCCAUCAACCUCAUCAUCAUCAACCUCAACAGCAACAGCAUAACUACAAUAAACCUCAAACUUCUUUCCAAUCAAAUAGAAACUUUAUCCCAAUAACUUCUUAUAAGAAUGAAGUUUCUCAUGAUGGAAGUUAUCAAUACAGCUACUCUACUGGUAAUGGAAUUCAGGCUGAUGAAAGUGGAUAUUUAAAGAAUCGUGGGAGUCAAAACCAAGCUCAAGUUGCACAAGGAAGUUAUUCUUAUACAGCGCCUAAUGGACAACUUAUUCAAGUUCGUUAUAUUGCUGAUGAAUUGGGAUUCCGUGCUGAAGGAAAUCAUCUUCCAACACCCCCACCUGUUCCCGAAGCUAUUGCAAAAUCACUUCAAUUGAUCGCAAGAACUCAACCAGCUCCAGCAUCACACCACAGUCAACCAUGGUCAAACCGUAAUCAAUAUGAUGGUCAACACUUUGGAAAAUAAAUUUUCUCAUACGAAAUAUGGACAAUUAUGGGUAUAAAUAUUUAUUGAUGCAACAAUGUAUAAAACAAAUCUAAUCUGGAAAAUAAAAUAAAAUAAGUCAGCAAGUCUGGUUUUAAAACCAAAA